AUGGCGGCGUGCGGCGCGGAGGAGCGGCAGCGGGUGGGACGGCUCUCGGCGCUUUCGGUGUACCGCCGGGCGGCGGGGCCUGGGCGACUGGAGCGGCGCCGCCGCGGGACGCCGCUGCCUGCGGGCGGUAAGCGGAAUAAAGCGCGGCUGAGGCGUGGCGCGGCGGGAGGAGGCGGCCCGGAGCGGGCUGCCCCGCCGCAGAGCGCCGCCGUCCCCAACCGCGUGGAGCGGGCCGGGAGCCCCGAAGCCAAGCAGGGAGACCUUAAGACGAAACCGAGCGGCUCUCCGGCCAGCGCUGCGACCAACGCUCCGGCCGGAAACCUCGAAACCAAGUCGCUCGGAGGCCCUUUGACAAUCUCGGGCGGUUCGCGGGCCAAGACUCUGGUCGGGAACCCCGAAGCAAAGCCGCCCGGAGACCCCGCAAAGAGCCCGGGCGGCGGAGGCGUGUUGGGGCUGCUGCGGCGGCUGGGGCGGCUGGAGGACAGCCGGCGGAGGGCGGCAGAGCUGUUCCGGUGGCUGGUGGCACCGGUGGCACCGGAGGAGUUCGUGAGGCGGCACUGGGAGCAGGCGCCGCUGCUCGUGCAGCGGGGUGACCCCGGCUACUACGCGGGGCUGUUCUCCACGGCUGACUUCGAUGCCAUUCUGCGCAGUGGUGAUGUGCGCUUCGGGACCCACCUGGACGUGACCAGCUAUGCUGAGGGGGUGCGGGAGACGCACAACCCCGUGGGCCGGGCGCUGCCUGCCAUUGUCUGGGACUUUUACCAGAACGGGUGCUCUCUGCGGCUCCUCAGCCCCCAGGCUUUCUCCACCACUGUCUGGCACUUCCUCGCUGUCCUGCAGGAGCACUUUGGGAGCAUGGCUGGGGCCAACACCUACCUCACGCCACCAGGCACACAGGGCUUCGCCCCUCACUACGACGACAUUGAGGCCUUCGUUCUGCAGCUGGAGGGCAAGAAGCACUGGCGCGUUUACGGCCCCCAGACGAGCUCAGAGGCACUGCCCCAGUUCUCCAGUGCAAACCUCACGCAGGCGGAGCUUGGUGAGCCCCUGCUGGAAGUGGUGCUGGAGGCUGGAGACCUCCUAUACUUUCCCCGGGGCUUUAUCCACCAGGCCGACUGUCUGCCAGAUGCACACUCGCUCCACAUUACAGUGUCCUCCUAUCAGAGGAACUCCUGGGGAGACUUCUUGGAGAAGCUUCUUCCUGCUGCCCUGCAGAUGGCCCUGGAGGAGGACCUUGAGUACCGGCAAGGGCUUCCCAUGGACUGCCUGGGGUACAUGGGGGUUGCCAACUCAGAUGCCAUCGAUGCUCGCCGAACAGCGUUUGUGGAGAAGGUGCAGCACCUGAUAAAGAAACUUGUUGACUAUGCACCCAUUGAUGCUGCCAUGGAUCAGAGGGCUAAGUCGUUUCUUCACGACUGUCUCCCACCAGUGCUUACACAAAGUGAGAAACAGCUGAGCGUGUAUGGCUUUCCAGCCUGGUGGCAUGAUGGAAGGCCCCGUAAUGUUGAUAUACUAAUAACAAAAGACACAGAAGUACGUCUUCUCCAUCAUGGCAUUGUUAGAUUGUGCAAUGAAGAAGCAGGUGUGAUGCUAUAUUACACAACAGAAAACUCAAGAGUGUAUCAUAAGGAAGACCCCAAGUACCUUGAGAUAGAUCCUGAGUACACAGACAGUAUUGAAUUUCUCCUGUCCUCCUAUCCAAACCACGUCAGUGUGGAUACCCUCCCAUGUGAUGCCUUGGAGGACAAGAUUUCUCUAGCUACGCUCCUGUUUGAGAAGGGCAUUCUGACUACUAAGAAGCCACUGGUGCAAGUGUAACUCUUUUUUAUUUUUUAACAAAAUAAAAAUGCAUUUGUUUAGAAAA